UCACACAUUACAAUUGCAAGGCCUAUCCCUACUCAACCCCAUUAAACUCUCCGAACUACAUUUUCUGAUUCACUGUUUCCCUCCUUUCACUAAUUAAAUCCUCUCUCUCUAUCCCUCCCUCCCUCUGAGUAUGUCUUCUCGGAUAGUUGCAGAUCCGGAGAGCUCGUUUCCGGUGUCGGAUACGACAUCUUAUCUCAGCUCCGUCGAGCUCAGCAGUUCUACAAGUCUUCCGACUGAUCAUUCCCCCACGCUUGGCCAACUUCUCAAGCAUGUCGGAGAUGUGCGCAAGGAAACCACCGGAGACGGCGGUGAGACGCCACUGCAUCAUGCACUUGACCUCGGUGAUGGCCAUGUCGGACUCGGACCUCGUUCCCUUCCUUUCGUGCUGUCUUUUAGUAAUCUCACUUAUAGCGUCAAGGUUCGCCGGAAAAUGAACUUCUCGGCGUUGUGUUCUCGAGGAAGAAACCGUCUUGGUGCUGCUGCUGUUGAUGAUACAAUGGGUGAAGAGAGCUUCUUCUCGAGCACUAAGACCCUUCUGGAUGACAUCUCCGGCGAGGCUCGCGACGGCGAGAUCAUGGCUGUGAUGGGCGCUAGUGGUUCCGGCAAGUCUACUCUCAUUGACGCCUUGGCCAACCGUAUAGCGAAGGGAAGCUUGAAAGGAACAGUGGCUCUGAACGGCGAGGCCAUGAACUCGCGGCUUCUAAAGGUGAUUUCAGCUUACGUAAUGCAAGACGAUCUGUUAUUUCCAAUGCUCACCGUUGAAGAGACUCUCAUGUUCGCGGCGGAAUUCCGAUUGCCUCGAACCCUCUCGAAGUCCAAGAAGAAGAUGAGGGUCCAAACUCUGAUCGACCAGCUCGGCCUCAGGAACGCUGCAAAUACUGUCAUCGGAGACGAGGGCCACCGUGGGGUCUCCGGGGGUGAACGCCGGCGCGUGUCCAUCGGCAUUGACAUAAUUCACGACCCCAUCAUCUUGUUCCUGGACGAGCCCACCUCCGGACUGGACUCUACCAGCGCGUACAUGGUGGUGAAGGUUCUCCAGAGAAUCGCUCAAACGGGAAGCAUCGUUAUCAUGUCCAUACAUCAGCCCAGUUACAGAAUCCUCGGGCUCCUCGAUCGUAUGAUCUUCUUGUCGCGUGGGAAAACAGUCUACAGUGGCUCGCCGAUGCAGCUACCGACCUUCUUCUCCGAAUUUGGCCACCCCAUACCGGAAAACGAGAACCGAACCGAGUUCGCCUUGGAUCUGAUUCGCGAACUCGAAGGCUCACCAGGUGGUACCAAGAGCUUAGUCGAGUUCAACAAAUCAUGGCAGAACAAGAAGCAUAUUGAAAGCAAAAGAUCUGAUAUCAGUCAUGGGCAGAGUUUAUCUCUGAAAGAAGCAAUAAGUGCCGGCAUUUCUAAAGGGAAAUUAGUUUCAGGCGCGACGAACACUAACACAAGCACAAGUUCGUCAUCUUCAUGGAUGGUUCGAACAUAUGCGAACCCAUUUUGGAUCGAACUGGCGACACUGUCAAAACGAUCCUUCACCAAUUCUCGCCGGAUGCCGGAGCUGUUGGCGAUGCGACUUGGCACCGUUAUGGUCACCGGAUUCAUCCUCGCCACCGUGUUCUGGCAUUUAGAUAACUCUCCUAAAGGAGUCCAAGAGAGGCUCGGCUUCUUCGCAUUCGCCAUGUCCACCACCUUCUACACCACCGCCGACGCAUUACCGGUUUUCCUUCAAGAGCGACAUAUCUUCAUGAGAGAAACUUCUCAUAACGCUUACCGGCGAUCGUCGUACCUCAUCUCUCACGCUCUCGUUGCCUUCCCGCCAUUAAUCUUCCUCUCUCUAGCAUUCGCCGUCACCACCUUCUGGGCGGUCGGCCUCGACGGAGGAUUCUCCGGCUUCGCCUUCUACUUCGCCAUCAUCCUCGCCUCCUUCUGGGCCGGAAACUCCUUCGUCACCUUCCUCUCCGGCCUGGUCCCUCACGUGAUGCUGGGCUACACAAUAGUGGUCGCCAUCUUAGCCUACUUCUUGCUCUUCAGUGGCUUCUUCAUAAACCGAGAUCGCAUUCCGGCGUACUGGAUAUGGUUCCACUACAUAUCUCUGGUGAAGUACCCAUACGAAGCUGUUCUUCAGAACGAAUUCAGCGACCCAUUGAAGUGUUUCGUGAAGGGGGUUCAGAUCUUCGAUAAUACGCCAUUAAAGUCGGUGCCGGAGCUUAUGAAGAUGAAGCUAUUGAAGAGCAUGAGCGAGACGUUAGGGGUGAACAUAACGAGCUCGACAUGCUUGACCACUGGUUCAGACAUAUUGCAACAGAAUGGCGUGUUGGAUUUGAGCAAGUGGAACUGCUUGUGGAUCACUGUGGCUUGGGGUUUCUUCUUUAGGAUUUUGUUUUACGUCAUGUUGUUGGUGGGAAGCAAGAACAAGAGAAGAUGAUUAGAUAAUAAUAAGGUAAUAGUAAUUAGUUAAUUAAUUAAUUAAUUUGUUUAUGGCUUGUUAAUUUGGCUGUUAAUUCAAGCCUGCAUGCCGUGGGAAUUUCAAUUAAUUUGUGUUUUUUUUUAUGUGGUUGUUAAUGAUGAUGAUUUUAUUCAUCAAGAUAUAUAAAUAUAUAUACUUGAUCAGUCGUGUAAUUUGUGACAGAAAAGUAAGGUUUUCAAAUGCUUAUAUUUUGCUGUUUGCAUGAAAAUAUAUCGAUGAUGUAUAUGAACAUGCACGCAUGGUAUCCUCAGUGUUGGAGCCAGAAGCUAGACUGUCCCUCUUACUUAGUUUGUUUUGUUUGUUUUUUUUAAUUAUUAUUACUUUUAAAUAUUCUGUGUGCGU